AUGCCACAGACCGAAUACAUUGAAUUACAUCGUAAACGCUAUGGAUACCGUUUGGAUUACCAUCAGAAAAAGAGAAAGAAGGAAAGCCGAGAAGCUCAUGAACGUUCAAAGAAGGCAAAGAAAAUGAUUGAUCUGAAAGCUAAGCUUUACCAUAAACAGUGCCACGCUGAGAAAAUACAAAUGAAAAAGACUAUCAAGAUGCAUGAAAAGAGAAACACCAAACAGAAGAAUGAUGAGAAGACUCGGCAGGGAGCAGGACCUGCCCAUCUGCUGGACAGAGAAGGACAAUCUCGAGCUAAAGUACUUUCCAAUAUGAUUAAACAGAAACGAAAAGAGAAGGCGGGAAAAUGGGAAGUCCCUCUGCCUAAAGUCCGUGCCCAGGAAGAAACAGAAGUAUUAAAAGUUAUUCGAACAGGAAAGAGAAAGAAGGCACGGAAGAGGAUAGUUACUAAAGUAUGCUUUAUUGGAGAUGGCUUUACUAGAAAACCACCUAAAUAUGAAAGAUUCAUAAGGCCAAUGGGCUUGCAUUUCAAGAAAGCCCAUGUGACACAUCCUGAACUGAAAGCCACAUUUUGCUUACCAAUACUUGGUGUAAAGAAGAAUCCUUCAUCCCCACUGUAUACAACUUUGGGUGUUAUUACCAAAGGUACUGUCAUUGAGGUAAAUGUGAGCGAAUUGGGCCUUGUGAUGCAAGGAGGCAAAGUUAUUUGGGGAAAGUAUGCCCAGGUUACGAACAAUCCUGAAAAUGAUGGAUGCAUAAAUGCAGUCUUACUGGUUUGACAGCAAUUUAAUAUAUAAGUAGA